CUGGAAGUGGGCGGAAAAAUAGGCAAUUCUCUUUAGUGUUUGCCCUGUCCACCUUCUCCGCUCUACCUCACCUACAUUUUAAUUCAGAAACCCCCACAAAAAGCCUCCCAUAAACCUGGAUCUAAAGCAGGCCAGUGCUAAAGCUCAAACCGCGUCACUCAUGGACUAAUUCCCGGGCGGACCUGCAGUAUAUAACCCGAGGUAGAGCUUUGCAGUCUCCUUCCAUUUAAAACACCUGCAUUCACCUUUCCCUUGCACAUUCUUGCAACCUCUCCUGUGCGCUUUUCUCCCUCCACAAGACUGCAAAGCAUCUUCUGUAUCCACACAAUCCAGUCAAAAUGUCCCAGGUUCAGUUCCAGUCCCCCACCACCACCACCACUAUGGCCAGUUCUGCCCCUGUACAACUGACCCCACCCCAGCCUGGGUUCAGCAUUCCCUCUCCUUCUGGCUCCCUACCUUCAGAGAGUGCCAGUCAUCCACUACGAAGCUCCGCCUUGCCCUCAGCCUCAGCCACGCCCUUCUGUAACCCUACAGUAUCUAACAUGGCAAACCCUAAAGAGAAGACCCCCAUGUGUUUAGUGAAUGAAUUAGCCCGUUACAAUAAGAUCCAACCUGAGUAUAAGCUUCUCAGCGAGCAAGGACCAGCCCACUCCAAGAUAUUCUCUGUGCGGUUAACUCUGGGGGAGCAGCACUGGGAUGCAGAGGGGACCAGCAUAAAGAAAGCUCAACACUCUGCAGCAGCUUGUGCUCUUGCCCAGACGUCGCUGCCCAAACCCAGCAACAGAGGACCUCGCCAUCAGGGCAGGAACCCAGGUGGGUUCUACAAGGGCGAGUCAGACAGCAUGACGCACACUGUGGAGCUGAAUGCACUUUGUAUGAAGUUGGGAAAGAAACCAAUGUACAAACCUAUAGACCCCUACCAAGGGAUGAGACCUGCAUUCAACUACAACAUCAGAGCACCAGGGCCUUAUGCCCGCUCCAUGCAACAGUAUUACUACCCGUUUCCUCCAGUGGGGCCAAUGCUUUAUCAUAUGGAGCUGUCUAUUGGAGGGCAGCAGUUUCAUGGGAAGGGCCGCACACGGCAGGCUGCUAAACAUGAUGCUGCUGCUAAAGCUAUAAAAACUUUGCAGAAAGAGCCGCUGCUCCAGCAGCUGGAAGAGAUGAAUGAAGAACCAGAAGAAGAAAACCUCAACAAAUCUGAGAUUAGCCAAGUGUUCGAGAUUGCACUGAAACGGAACAUGCCUGUGAACUUUGAGGUGCUGAAAGAGGCCGGACCUCCUCAUAUGAAGAGCUUUGUGGUGAAAGUGAUGGUGGGAGAGUUCACAGGAGACGGGGAGGGCAAGAGCAAAAAGAUUGCUAAGAAGUUGGCCGCCAUUGCUGUGUUGGAGGAGCUGCGGAAGCUGCCACAGCUGCCUGUUACAGACAAGAUGCCCCAGCGCAUUAAAAAGAAAACCAAAUCCAUUAUAAAGCUGCAGACCAGUCCAGAAUAUGGACAAGGCAUAAACCCAAUCAGCAGACUGGCUCAGAUCCAGCAAGCUAAGAAGGAGAAGGAGCCAGAGUACAGCCUGGUUACAGAGAGGGGACUGCCCCGACGUAGAGAGUUCGUCAUGCAGGUGUCAGUCGCUGGUCAGACUGCAGAGGGUAUGGGUCCCAGUAAAAAGGUGGCAAAACGGAAUGCUGCGGAGAAGAUGCUGGAACUCCUGGGCUUCAAAGUGCCUCAGCCUCAGCCUCCCAAACCGGCACUGAAAACUGAUGAAAAGCCACCUCUAAAGAAACCUGGAGAUGGACGUAAAGUGACCUUUUUUGAGCCGGGAUCUGGGGAGGAGGGGGGUCUUGUCCCAAAGGAGGAAGACUUCCGCCUGCCCUUCCUCAGCCACCAGCAGCUCCCUGCUGGCAUUUUACCCAUGGUGCCUGAGGUAGCACAAGCGGUCGGCGCCAGCCAGGGACCCCAUGCCAAGGACUAUGGCCGUCCUAACCAGGCCAAGACCUCAAUGACCGCAAUGAUUGCCAAUGAGCUGUUGUACGGUGGUACGUCCGCUACUGCUGAAGGCGUACUGAAGGGAAGCAAAAAUCUGUCUCAGAGACCCAACGGGCCCCUCACUAGACCAUCUGAACAGCUCGGCUACCUGGCUUCUGUGCAAGGUCUACAGGUUGAAUACAAAGAUUUUCCCAAAAACAACAAGAAUGAGUUUGUGUCUCUGAUCAACUGCUCCUCUCAGCCACCGCUGAUAAGCCACGGCAUUGGCAAGGAUGUGGAGUCCUGUCAUGAUAUGGCUGCCUUCAAUAUACUGAAGUUGCUUUCAGAGCUGGACCAGCAGUCCAAUGAUCGCCCAACCAAUGGACCGAUCUCUGGGUGUGGCAAACAAGACUUGGAGGGCGACUCAUUGAUCAAACCGGUUAACUCGAGCACCAUGGCAAAAAGUCUGGAUAGCACCGUCUAAAAACAGGAUCAGCUGUGCUGUUUAGAAAACAGAAAACACUAGAGAAAAGACAGACGCAGAGUUCCGACUGGCUGCUCCAAAAGCAUUGUUCACACUGAAUCUUUACCUUUCUAAAGUGUUACAGUUUCACAGUUAAACAAGAUUAACUGAGAGAUUUUGUUUCCUUCUCCUUGAUGUUGUUUAAUUGUUCACAUAGUUGUUUUGCUUCAUCAUAUCCAGUGGUGGUUUUCUUUGUUUGUUUGUUUGUUUGUUUUCUUUUUGUUGUCGAAUGGUUAAAAAAAAAACUAUAACUUGAAUAGAUGGCUUGUUUUUUUUUUUUAUUUAAAUGAAGGCAUUCUACUGUCAUGCUUUUCUUUCUUAAAAUGUUGUCAUUAUUAGCACCCAGAGUGGAUGCAGCUGGAUACUUGUGCUAGACCUGUUUGUGAAAUGUGCAGUAUAUAGAACCGCCUUUCGGAGGAUAUGAUGAAGCUAAGGCAAGAGGUCUCUGUUGUAUUGUUUUUCCUCGAGUGCUUUUAAGGCGACAACUACAUAUAUAAAAAAGAAAAAAACAUCAAGAACGCAUUAACUGCAUUUCCAUGUAGGACUGGGAAAGUUGUGACGUGUGGUGAUGUUCUGUGACGUCCUUUUACGAGCGUGUGUGUGUGUGUGUGUUUGUGUGAGAAAGUGAGUACGAGAGUCUGUGACAGGACUGUUUGAGUCUGUGUUUGAAUGUACGGUCCAAGCAACAUUACAGUCAAACUUAUGCACCCUCCUCCUCUUCCUCCAUGUAAUCCCUUCCCAUUUUCUGCCAGUUGGUUCCCCUUUUCCACAUGGAAUGUAAGUAAAAAUGUGCCACUGUGCUCUAAAAUCCGCCACUAAAGUCUGUUUUUAGCGUGUCUGUGUGAAAUACAGUUAGACCGUGAGAGGAUGAUGCAAGAGACAUGAACAUAUGCUGUAACUGGUACCAAUGGGAUUCUUUACACAGUAGAACGAGCUAUAAAUUGCUUUAUAAAAGUUCA